AUGGGUUUUGCCGAGCUCCUGGAACACGUUGGCAGCAUGGGACGCUUCCAGAUCAUCCAUGUGGUCUUGUUGUCCCUCCCCAUUUUCAUGAUGGCCAGUCACAUGAUCCUGCAGAACUUCACCGCAGGUACCCCAGGCCACCACUGCUUGGUCCACCACCCCAAUGGCACUUCUGGGAACCAAAGCCUGGAAGCAGAGGAUCUCCUCAAGGUCUCCAUCCCCGUAGAUGAGAAAGGGCAGCCCGAGCAAUGUCGCCGCUUCAUCCACCACCAGGGGCAGCUCCUGAAUGCCACCAUAGCGAACUGGACCGAGAUGGACACGGAGACAUGCAAGGAUGGGUGGGUGUACGACAAGACGGUCUUCCCAAGCACCAUCGUCACCGAGGUGAGGACCAGCGUUGCUCAGGGCCAGGCUGCUGAGUUGGUGGGUGUUGUUCUAAGUCAGGGGUGAGCAGCCUUUUCUCCAUCCAAGGGCCACGCUUCCUUUGAGGCAAUCCCUUUGGGGCCGCAUGGUGGUAAUGGGCAAGGCCACCGAAAGAGGUGGGGCCAGAUUCAGAAGUGGGAGGGGCUACCAGGCUGCAGCUCAUUUGGUAGAGCAUGAGAUUCUUAAUCUCAAGGUUGUGGGUUCGAUUCCCACCUUGGGCAAAAGAUUCCUGCAUUGCAGGAGAUUGGACUAGAUAACUCUUGUGGUUAGGGCUGGGAGAUAUAUCGCUAUAUCAUCCAAAACCAAUGUGAAGUGAUAUCGGCUUCAUAAUUUUUGACCCGGCAGUUUAUCGCAUAUCAUGUCAUGUGUGUUUGUGCCCUGCAAAAAUCACAAUGUGGGGGAAACUGUGAAGUCAGCCAGUGCUUUUCUCGAUUCCUGCAGCCCCUGUUAUCUGUGCCGGCUCAGCUCUCCCCUGCCUCCUGCCAGGGGGCAGAGAGUCACAAGGGCAGGCGCUGGCAAAAGCACGAUUCAGGAAAAAACAUGAAUCCAGCCAAUGCCUCUCCAUAGCUCCAUGCUUACUUCAGACAUCGUGAUCUAUCGGUAUAUCACGAUGUUUAGCUGGUGAUAUGACACAAUGUUGAAAACCAGAUAUCGCCCAGCCUUGCUUGUGGUCCCUUCCUACUCUACAGUUCUAGGAUUCUAUCCCCUCUUCUCUUUUCCUACCAUCCUGCUCUUUCUGUGGCCCCCUCUUCUGUCUUUCCCUUUCUGAAGUCCUCUUCUCUUUGUAUCUUCCUCCCAUCCAGCAGGAUGCCCUGAGAGGGACAGAUUGUGCUUGCCAUCUUUCCAAUCAGCCACAGAGAGGGCUUUUGGCACUUAAGAUUCAGGACUGACAAAAGAAAGUCCUUCUUCGCACAGUGCAUAGUUGGAACUAUGGAAUCCGCCCCGCCCCCCACAAGAAUUGGUGAUGGCCACCAACUUGGACGGAUUGAAAAGAGGCUUAGACAAAUUCAUGGAGGUAACAGCUGUCAGGGGCUAGCAACUAUGAUGGCUAUGCUCUGCCUCCAUACUCAGAGGUGGUAUGCUUCUCCUGGAUAGCUCAGCUGGUAGAGCGUUGGGCUCAUAAUCUCAGGGUCAUGGGUUUGAGCCCCACGUUGGGCAAAAGACUCUUGCAUUGCAGGGGUUUGGACAAGAUGACACUUGUGGUUCCUUCCAACUCUACAAUUCUAUUAUUCUACCAGUUGCCGGAAAUUGCAAGAGCAGAGGGUGUUGCUGUUGCUCUCAGGGCUUCCCAGAGGCAGCUAGUUAGCCACUGUGAGAACUGGAUUAGAUGGGACCCCUUUGGCCUGAUCCAGCAGCUCAAGCUCCUAUUGUGCUCUUACGUUCUUAGAUCAAGGGCUGCAGGAAUUUAGGCAGGUUGCCUGUUCCUUUACUAAGCACACCAAGAGGCAUUUUGAGGUCAGGGCUUGCGUGUAUCGUGGACUGCUGAAGUUUGCAUCACACACCAGCACAGAGUAGGGUCCCAGGUAGGUGCAGAAUUUAGCUUUCUUGAGAUCUCAAUUGGCAGGCAUAUGUCUACCCACCAUGCCUGUGGUAGGCAAACUAGAAGCACCUCAUGUUGUAUAGUCACAAAGUCUAAGGAGAACCCUACUGGAUCGGAGCAGGCUUCAGAAGGAAAUAAUAAUAAUAAUAAUAAUAAUAAUAAUAAUAAUAAUAAUAAAUUUAUACCCCACCAUCUGGCUGGGUUUCCCCAGCCACUCUGGGAGGCUUCCAGCGCAGCAUGAGGACAAAAGCCCUUCCCUUUUUGAAUGAAUGAAUUUAUUAUUUCGGUCACAGACCAGUUCCAGUCCACAUACAAUAUCAAGGAAGUCAUAAAAAACGAUAGGGAUACAUUUGAAUUUGCAAUUAGGUAUAACAGGGACAAUACAGAUAUAGCAACAGUUAAAAAAUAUAUAAAUUAAAACUUGGUCAUUAACAUAUAACCUAAAAUUAUCAUUUAAAACCUUAAUCAUUAUGAUAGGACAGCUUGUUCCCUAAGUUUUAUGGCAAUCACACAGAAUUUGGCUACCCUUAAUGUAAUCUCAGGAUCCUUGUCCUCUACCAGGGAUUUCAGACAUUGAAGUUCAGAAUCAUUUGGGUAUUUUUGCAUAGCAGGGGUAAUAAAUACUGAGUGUAUAUCCCCAUAGAAAUGGCAGUGUAACAAGGCAUGAGAGACAGUUUCUACCUAUAUCAAGCCACAGGGGCAGACUCGUUCCACGUAUGAUUUACCCUCAAAUCUGCCCUGCAAUAAGGCAGAUGGCAGCACGUUGAAUCUAGCGAGGGUAAAUGACUGUCUGCAUUUAGGUAUUUGUAAUUUUGACAAAUAAUUUGCUGGGGUAAAUACUUGAUCCCUCCCUGCACAUUUGGUAAUUAAUGGUAGACACCUCUUGUUCAUGGGGACUCCAUUUAGCUGCCCUAUAAUCAUAGAACCAUAGAGUUAGAAAGGACCCUGAGAGCCAUCUAGUCCAACCCCCUGCAAUGCAGGAAUUGCAGCUAAAGAAUCUCUGAGAGAUGGCCACCCAACCUCUGCUUAAAAACCUUGCAUGGAAGGAGAGCCCACCACCUCCUGAGGGUGUCUGUUCUGCUGUCAAACUGCUCUUAUUGUCAGAAAGCUCCUCCUGAUGUUGAGUCGGAACCUCCUUUCUUAUAACUUGAAUCCAUUGGUUCAGAUCCUUACCCUCCAGAGCAGGAGAAAACGAGCUUGCUCCAUCUUCCCUAGUUCAAUGUUGUUGAUAGAUGCCACAACAUCAGAGCGUCAAAGGAGCGCACUAGAUCAGUUGAAAGACACAUCUAGUCUGGCAUCUUUCUUCUCACGGUGGCCAAUCAGACUCCUGGAGGAAACCCAGAAGCAGGGCUUGAAGUCACUAGCCUUUGUGGUCUAACUAAGGAGGGAAGAGAUUCAACACCACCCAGUGCUUUAUGAAUCGUUUUGUUUUCUCUUCUCUGCCGCCCCCUCCCGCCCUGUUGCAGUGGGACCUGGUGUGCUCUGCGCGAACUUUGAAGCAGAUGGCUCAGUCCCUCUACAUGGCUGGCGUGCUGGUGGGAGGAAUUGUCUAUGGAGGCCUCUCAGACAGGUGAGGAGAGCCAGCAAAUUGUUUGUUUUCAUUCAUUUAUGUUAUUUCAAUGGUUAUCCCACCUUCCUUCCAACAUGGAAGCCAAGGCGAUGUGUUUAAGUUUCCCAGGUGUUCGUCCAAGCAAACACACCAGAUCCAGACCAGCUCAGCUUCAGCAGAGUGAUGGCCUGAUGUGCCCUUAGGCCAUAUUCUGGGCCUACUGGAAUUCUCUAGAGAUUCUGAGAUGCUGAGAAAUGUCUAUGGAGCAUGUACAAAGUGCUGUUCUGCAAUUGACAGAGCAGCCUUAGCUUGCUUGUUAACAACAUACUUUAGAGGCGACUGCAGUAGUAUGCAGAGAGAGUAUAUAAAUUGUUUAAAAGACUAUAAAUAAAUGCCUUCACAGAGCUACACUAGUAUUGCAUUGAAGAUAUGCCUGCUAUUUGUUUUAUUUUGUUUUUAUGGUGUUUUAUUGGCUUUAUAUUAUGCAUUUCUCUCUUUUUUUGCACUUCUAGGGUAUCCUAAGGUUGUAUCCAAUGUUAGUGCUGCUCAGAGUAGACUCACAGAAAUUAAAGGGUAUGCCUAAUGUAGGGCUGUUGCUUUCAAUGGGCCUACUCUGAGUAGGUACAGCCUUUGAUGUUUAGUGGUCUCAACAUUUUGUAAAAUCAUCAUCAUUAUCAUCACAUAAUUAAAUUUUGCACACAUCUGAAAUGUGGCAGCAUUUUCAAAGCCAACUUUUAGAAUUUCAGCCACUGUUGGUGAUGGUUUUCGAAACUCACCUGUGAAGGAUGCUUAAAUUGCAGGAUUCCAUAGUGCUUUUGAUGCCUCCUAGAAAUUGUUUUUGCUUAGACAAGCCUAUCCAGAUAGCACAAAGUUGACAUGUAUUUUAACAUGUAUCAAAUUAAUUAUUGUGUUUUUAAACUUUUUUUUUAAAAGUUAUCUUGUUUUAAACUCCGAAUUUUAUUGAUAAUGUAUAUUUUAUUUAAUGCAUACAAAUCCCAUUUUACACACACACAAUUUAAGGGCUCUGUGGAAGGACACAUGCAUUCCAUUGCUGAAGCUUCCAGGUUCAAUGCUGGGCACCCACAGUUCAAGGAAAAUAUAGGAAGCCAUUGAUCCAUCUAGCUCAGUACUGUAUACACUGACAGGCAGCAACUGUCCUCAAAUAGUAGGCAGUGGGAAAGACCCUUUCCUGCCUGAGUUCCCAGAGAACCAGGAUAGCUACUGCCAACCAGAGCAGACAACACCAGGCCAGACAGAGAAGCAGCCUGUCCUGCUGUGAGGGAGGUCAGAGGUGGAGCAUUUGCUCUACAUGUGCCCAGUUCUGGGGGAGCUUGAGGCCCACAGGCGAAAUCAAGGCAAAGGCAGAACCUUGGACAGCACCAGGCACCAUGUCCUCCAGCUGCAGAUACAGAAGAUUGUUGAGUUUUCUUUGGAGGGUGUGCUCUGUGAGAUGUAAUUGACCCAAUAGCAACACAUUAGCGGUGACUGUCCACUCAUCAGCUUAAAAAAUUUUUUGCUGAUUAAUUUAUAACACAUCAAAACCAAUUUAAUAUUAAUUUAAUACAUUCCCCCCCCCAAAAAAACUGGUUUCCCACUCUCUCAGAUAUAUUCCAAUUCAUCCACUUUUACACGCUGCACAGAUUUUCUCUAAUUAAUAUCAAUUUCUCUUUUUCUGCAAAUUCCUCAUCCUCAUCCUUCGUCUGCCCCUCUACCACCUUCCCCAAUAGUCGCCACACUGUUGCUGUCUGGAGGCGAACUUUUAUGCUAUAGCACAAAAAAGCGGGACAAAUAAAAUAAAUAAAUAAAAUGGAGUGUUUGUGGUAUGAGAAGAAGAAGAAGAAGAGUUUGGAUUUGAUAUCCUGCUUUAUCACUGCCCUAAGGAGUCUCAAAGUGGCUAACAUUCUCCUUUCCCUUCCUCCCCCACAACAAACACUCUGUGAGGUGAGUGGGGCUGAGACACUUCAGAGAAGUGUGACUGGCCCAAGGUCACCCAGCAGCUGCAUGUGGAGGAGUGGGGAAGCGAACCCGGUUCCCCAGAUUACGAGACUACCGCUCUUAACCACUACACCACACUGGCUCUCAGUGAGAUGGCUGGCAUGUGUGCCUGAACUCUGAUAACGACUCUUUGCUUGCCUAGACAGAGUCUAGAGAAACAUGUGUGUGCAUGUGAGCCUACAAGUACCAAGGUCAACUGUGCAUCCAUUAUUGCUCCCGGUUUUGCCUCUGGUCACACACACCAAAUGACAAGUUGCCCCUGGAUGGUUGCCUUGGGGAAAAUGUGGCCCUCCAGCCAAAAAAGGGCUAGACAGACAUAGCCUUUGAUGCUGUCUAAGGGACCUUCCAGGGACUUGGGUGGCGCUGUGGGUUAAACCACAGAGCCUAGGGCUUGCCGAUCAGAAGGUUGGCGGUUCGAAUCCCCGCGACGGGGUGAGCUCCCGUUGCUCAGUCCCAGCUCCUGCCAACCUAGCAGUUCAAAAGCACACAGUGCAAGUAGAUAAAUAGGUACUGCUUUGGCGGAGAGGUAAACAGCAUUUCCGGGCACUGCUCUGGUUCACCAGAAGCGGCUUAGUCAUGCUGGCCACAUGACCCGGAAGCUGUACGUCAGCUCCCUUGGCCAAUAAAGUGAGAUGAGCGUCACAACCCCAGAGUCAUCCGUGACUGGGCCAAACGGUCAGGGGGCCCUUUACCUUUAAGGGACCUUCCAAUGUCCCUACCAGGAGUUGCUUCUCAAAACUCUCUCUCUUUCUUCCUCUCUUCUCCCUUCCUCUGCUACCUCGCAGGUUUGGACGGCGGCUGAUUCUCAUCUGGUCCUGCCUGCAACUGGCUGUCACAGGGACGGCCUCCGCCUUCUCCCCCACCUUCAGUGCCUACUGCACCCUUCGCUUCCUGACAGGGAUGGCCUACUCUGGCACUGUCCUCAAUAUCUUCUCUCUGUGUGAGUUGGAUUCCCCUCCCCUUCCCGUUUACACCCACUCCUCACUUUAAGCCAGAAAUGUGGCCCUUCAGUUCUCUCUGCCUGGCCCGCAGGACUCUCCCCAGGCUAUGCUCCUCACUGAUCCUGCCUGCCCCCCACCCCCUGUAAAUGUUUUGGCCUGUCUGGAACAUGUCCUCGAACUCUGAUAAGGCUUAUUGCUUGCCUGGAUAGAGAGGGGUGUGAGCGAGUAAAUCAUGUGUGUAGAAACUAGGCUGCUGUAGAAAGGUAAGAUUUGCCUUUUUCUGGCUGUGUCUGCUUUUGCUUCUGGCCCCACUCACCACUGGCAUGUGGGCCCCAGGAGGUUAUUAUUUAUCAUUUUCAAUUUAUUAAAUUUAUAUACCGCCCUUUGUCAAAAGAUCUCAGGAUGGUUCACAGAAUAGGAAAGGUUGCCCAGAAGGAAAUGCAUACCUGUCAACUGCCCUGGAAAAACUGGGACAUCCUGGGGUUUUUUCCUGUGAGAGCAUGGCAGCCAUUUUAUUAUGUGAGCUGUCCUGAGACCUCCAGGUAUAGGGUGGUAUAUAAAUUCAAAUAAAAUUAAGAAGAAGAAGAAGAAGAAGAAGAAGAAGAAGAAGAAGAAGAAGAAGAAGAAGAAGAAGCAGCAGCAGCAGCAGCUUGCUCUCUUGUGAGCCAAGAUCUCACCCCGAAAAAAGCAUUUCCCCCCCCAUCACAUGACCCAAAAGAUGGUGUCUAGAUUUUGGCCACGUCAUAUUGGAGGGUAUGGAAACAUGACCCUCAUGCCAAAAAGUGGGGUGGGGGACUGACUCAGGAUAAAUGAGUGUGGCUGCAGAGGUAAUAGUCUGAGGUGAGUCCCAAAGGCUAGGUAGAGGGGCCUGGAGGGCCACAUUUGGCCCCUGGGGACUGAGAUUCUCUUUCCUUGAGGUACAUGAAGUGAAUAGCAACACCACAAUCCAGUAAGGUGUCACCUGGAGGGGGCAGACUGCCUCCCACAGCUUCCGUUUCUCUCCCUGCUCCCCCCACCAGGUGUGGAAUGGACGCCCACGAGGACCCGGCCCUUGCUGUCAACCUACAACGGCUUGGCCUACACGAUUGGACAGAUGAUCCUGGCAGGGUUGGCCUACCUCAUCCCAGAGUGGCGCUGGCUGCAGCUGACUGUCUCCUUGCCCUAUUUCCUCUUCUUCAUCUAUUCCUGGUAAUGUCUUUGCGUAGCUGUGGUUUUAGGGUGGAGAAGGGAAGGAGCAAACCUGUCAAGUUGGGUUCCUCUCAGUUUCUCAUUGUCCUCCCCCCCCUCCCAGUCUUUGGUUCACAUCCGUCUGCAAUCUCUACAAUAAAGAUUCUGCAGCAUUUUAGUGUGAAUUUCUCCUGACAUAGGCAAAAUUAUAUACAAAUAUGCCUAUCUUGAUUAAAAAAACAGACAACCAUGCACAGAUUCCUCUUAGCUCUUUAUUUGGGUACCUGAGAAAGAGAAGUCUCUGACCUUACGAGAGCCACAGAGUCCUCUGCCGACACGCAGAAUUCAAAAGAUUUUUAAUGCAUAGUCCCAUCAUAUGAAAUAUAAUGUUCACUUCCUCAAAAUGAAGCAGAAGGUACACGGAAAAGUUCACAAAAAUAAACCGUCUAUAUGGCAGCACUUUUCUGUUCUGGCAGUUUGUGGUCACAGGUGAAAGCAGGAAUUUCACACUUUUUUUUAUAGCUAGCUGUCAGCUUCACCCUCCUUCUCAUUUUCGAACUAGGACAGAGUCCAUAUCUCCAAUCUAACUGAUUUCUCUGAUACCUAAAAGGCACAUUUUCCCAUAGCCAUGACGCCUCGCCUAAAUGUCCCUCAGUCUGGAGGGGCCCUUGUUGACUCUGGAAUGUGUACCUCAUCUUUAUUUUCCUUACUUCACUGUCUUGCACCCAACCCAACAGGUGGUUUUCUGAAUCAGCCCGCUGGCUGGUGUUGGCCGGGAAGCCAGAGCAGGCUGUGAAGGAACUGAAGAGGGCAGCCAGGAUGAACGGGAAGCCUGAAGCCAGUGACAAGCUAAAUGUCGAGGUGAAAUUGGGAGGACGGACACACACCAACUAACUUGUUCAUGUAUUACAUUUGUAGCUGACCUUUCCUCUAAGGAAACCAAGGCUGUGUACACAAUUCUCUCCAAAAUUCUAUCCCCACAAUAACCUUGAGUGGUAGACCAGUCUGAGAUAAGGAUGGGGAAGAAAUUUGGCUGGGUUUGCAUUUUGAUUGGAACUGACCUGAUUUGCACUGUUUGCAAAUAAAUUUCCCAUUAAAUAAUGCUUUUUUGUAAACUAUUUUCACUAAUGUGUGCAUUUCUAUGGACACCUUAUGCAUUUUUUGUACAAAUUACUUGUCUGGAGAAGCGAAUUGCAAUAUUUGGAGGUGUGAAAUUCAAAGGAAGGCAAUGUUUUUGCUCACAUAUUGUUUCAGAAAAUGUGAAUCAGGUAGAUUUGCCUUUAAAUGAGAACGGAAUCAAAUGUAAGUGUUCUUAUCUGCAAAAUAGAUUUGGCUAACAGUACUCUUAGUGCAGGCAAAGAGAGGAAAUGGCCAACUAUUUGAUUCUGGCAAAGAUUCAAGAGCCCAUAGUGGUUUCUAUCUUCUUGCUAUACCUUCAAACCUUCCAGCUUUGAUACUUAUAAAAACUGGGAGUGGGGAGAAGCAAAACCUCAGUUCCCCUUCCAGAUAUUUCCUGCUUGUGCCCAGUAGCCAGAGAAUUCUUUUUUCCUCCCUGCCAGCUCUUGAGAUCCAACAUGAAGGAAGAAAUGGCAUCCCUGAAAUCCAGCUACACCUUUGUGGACUUGGUGCGGACUCCAACCAUGCGCAGGAUCUCUUGCUGCCUCUGCUUUGUGUGGUGAGUUCUGACAGGAGAGGUGUCCAUGGGCCGUGCAAUUCCACAAUUAGUGGAGUCUCCCUUUGCUGUGCAGUUUCUAGUAGUGUAAAACCACACUGAAAGGCUCCAGCCCUCAAAUCAUGAAAUUACAUUGAAUGGCAGUGGCAGGGGUAGAAUUCUCAAAACCUGCACCCACCCACUGUCAGUACCAUGAAAUGUGGUUAUUAGUUAACAGUUGCAGAUAUAGGCAAAGUGGGACUUGAAAGAAAAUGCUGGAGGGUGGAGCAUUCUUGGCUCAUCAUUCCAGCUAGCCAUGUCCUUCUGUACGUUACCAGAGCGGUAGCCAAAAUUUCACCCUCUAAGUGUUGUUAGACUCCAGCUUCCACCAGGCUUCUAGCUAGCAUAGCCAACGACAACAAGGAUCAUUAGGAUGAGAAUAGUGAUUAUGAAUUCUUAAAUUUGUAUACCACCCUAUAACCACAGGUCUCAGGGUGGUUACAACAUAAAAUCGCAAUAUAAAAACACAAAAUACAUAACAAAAACAACCAAAUAACACACACACACACACACCACACACAUUUUAAAAGAGCAUUGGAUGUCAAUCAGCUAAAGGCCUGGUUAAAGAGGAACGUUUUCGCCAGGCACCUAAUGGUGUAUAAUGAAGGUGCCAGCUGAACCUCCCUGGGGGAGCAUUUCACAAAGGGGGAGCCACUGCAAAAAAGGUCUGUUCUUGUGUUGCCGCUCCCAGACCUCUCGUGGAGGAGGCACACAAAGAAGGGCCUCGGAAGAUGAUCUCAGGUUCCGGGCAGGUUCAUAUGGAGAGAGGCAGCCCUUGAGGUAUUGCAGUCCUGAGCCAUUUGACGUGGGGUUGGACUAAAUGACCCUUGAGUUCCCUUCCAACUCUCUCAUUCUUCCACCCCCAGGUUCUCCACCAGUUUUGCCUAUUAUGGGCUGGUCAUGGACCUCCAGCACUUCGGCAUCAACAUCUACUUGAUCCAGCUGGUUUUUGGGGCGGUUGACUUCCCAGCCAAGUUUAUCUCUGUCCUCACCAUCAGUUACAUUGGGCGCCGGUUCACCCAAGCUGCCACACUCGUCCUUGCAGGGCUGACCAUCCUGGCUAACAUCUUUGUUCCACAAGGUCAGAGAGGAGGUUCUUCUUCUGCCUAGAGGUGUGGGUGGUGCUAAGAAUUAUCUGAGCACACCACAUCAAGCCAAUUGGCAAUGGAUGGUGUGGAAUGGAGAAGUGCUGUCUUAUCUUGGAGAUGGAACAACGGGGGUCUCUUCUGGGCUUGAAGUUGCACAUUGUGUUCAUCUUCAGGACCUCAGACAGUUCCCCGUGGAGAAGGGUAGAUUUAGAACGGAUACAGAAAAGGAAUUGAGGUAGCCCAGCAUGUAGCUCCAGCAAGGAUCUGGAGCCUAUUCACCCGGAAGGCCGCAUUCUUCUCUGGGCAGCAUUCCGGGGGCCACAUUUGCAGAGCCAGAGACAAAAGUGGGUCAGAAGCAACAGGAAGCUACCUUACACCAAGUCAGAUCAUUGCUCCAUCUAUGUCAACACUGACUACACUGAGCAACAGUGGCUCUUCAAGGUUUCAACCUUUCCCAGUCCUACCUGGGGAUGCCAUUAGGGAUUGAACCUGGGACCUUCUACAUGCAAGGCAGAUGCUCUACCACUGAGCUGCAGCCCCAAAGUGGAGGCAGAGCAACAGAUCUGACCCUUACCAUUUCACAAUAGGUGGCAUUCCAGCCACACAGAAGCUGGGAGUUUCCACACAUACACAUGUCUAACAACCAGGUAAACAGGAGACAUUAGGUGGUAGGCAACUAAUUCUUCACCCAGAGUAGGCCCAUGGAUUUCACUGAGUCUGCUCUGCAUAAAAAUUAGUUGAUAACCACCCAUGAUCCCAGUCACAGGCUCAAUCUCUCGCAUCUCCGCAUAGGUCCAGGGAAGACUGCACGAAGAGCUGCUGCCUCCCAGCGCAGCUUCUGUCAGUCACAGAGAAGAGUGCAAGGCUUCAUUCCAGGAAAUGGGCCAGUGGAGAACCCUUAAUGUAUCACCAAGCUUUUCCUUCCUUUCCCCCAGAUAUGCCCACCACACGGGCUUCCUUGGCUGUCUUCGGGAAGGGGUGUUUGGCUGCCGCAUUCAACUGCAUCUAUUUGUACACUGGAGAACUUUAUCCAACGGUGCUCCGGUAAGUGAGGAGAAUAGGUGUGUGAGAGAGACACGUCUUCUAGGGGGCUGCUGAAGAAUAGAUUGGCCUCAAAAAGCAGGGGACACCUGUGGCCUGGGGGUGUGGCCCUUUCACAUCCCUUGCUCACCUCCUCCUCUUCAGUGCUACCCUUUUCCUCUAGGGGUGAGGAAGCUUUUUCAGACCAGGGGCCACAUUCCCUUCUGGAAAAUCUUCUGGGGGCCACAUGCCAGUGGUGGGUGGAGCCAGAGGUAAAAGUGGGCAGAGCAAUGAAUGUGAUUCCCCCCCCCCUUUGCAUGGUAGGUGAACUUCUACACACACAACUUUCUCUGCCAGGCAAGCCAGGGACAUUAACAGAGUCCAAGGACACAUUCCAGCCAGGCAAAGGCACUCAGGAUGUGAAGCCAGGCCAGUGAGAGGGGUGGUCUGUGGAGAUGGUCACAAUUAGCCUCUGGGGCAGAAGCCCCCCACCCUUGCACUAAACUAGAAUGGGAGGUUUUGAGGUGCAAGAGCUCACUGUAGCCAAACACUUCACAAGAGUCCAAAAAUUCCGUCUGUUAUUAUUAUGCACACACCAAACAGCAGCAGUUACCCAAUUUGUUAGGAUCAGUGAUGGCCACAAUCCUAUGCCUAGUUUUGCAGGUGCAAGCUCCACUAACCUCAAUAGUACUUUAUUCUGACUGCAUGCUUUGAAAUACAAGGAGCUUUCACCAAAGAUCGACAACCAGCGGAAGUGCAGCCUUUAGCUUUUAAGUAGAAAUGCAAGUACAGUAAUCUUGCAGAGAAGCACCACCAUUUCAACUGCUAGCAUGAAUCAGGAACCCCAUCAAAGAAAGGGGCAGCCAGCCUCUGUUUGGUUCCUUGCUUCAUUUGCUGACUUCCUCUAUGGCUAAACUGUAAUAAGCAAAGUUGAAGGCCUCAUUAUCACUGCGUUCGGGCAGAUGACAACAUCACACCUGCUCUGAAGGUUAAAAAAAGGCUGAUAACUACCCCCUGUCGAGGGGGAGGGAUGACUGAGCCUUUAUUCUGCUGUGUACCUUGAAGGGUGUGGGUUUUCCAGUUCCUGUUACAGGGAGUGGGGCUGCAUUUACUGUGCCUCCUUUGCGGAUGCCGGAUGGGUCCACUAAGCUGUGUGGAUAAUACUUUUGCUUCUUGACUUGCAGGCAGACUGGCAUGGGUCUAGGCAACACCUUGUCUCGCUUGGGUGGCAUAUCAGCCCCCCUGGUGAAGAUAUCCGGUGAGUACCUCCCUUACCUGCCGCACCUGAUCUAUGGUACUGCCCCCGUGGUGUCUGGGAUUGCUGCCAUCUUCCUGCCAGAAACCCGCAAUGCCUCGCUGCCAGAAACAAUCGAGCAAGUUGAGAACAGGUGAGCAUUGAAGCUAUCAGGACACUUCCCAACAUUCCUCAUAGGAGGAAGGGAAGCUGCCUUAUCUUCUUCUUUGGCGAUCACUCAUAGCUGAGUAAGAUUGUCUUCCAUGAACAUGGUCUUAAUGGUGUGUCCAUAGGUGACUUUGGAGGCCAAUUCUGGACCCACACAUCGUUCCACAGUGGGGACAUAGGUUUCUGGGUGGGAGUUGAUCACGGUGAAGGUUUGCCAAACAUGCCUUCCUCUUAGCACAUUUCUCCCUUUUGUGCUGAGUUCAAGCAUCUUCCAAGUCCACGGCACCUUUGGUAAAGGCUGGUCUCCAGCUGGAGCGCUCACAGGCCAGUGUUUCCCAAUUGUCUGUGUUUAUACUACAUUUUUUUAGAUUGGCCUUGAGAGAGCCUUUAAACCUCUUUUGUUGACCAUCAACAUUACACUUUCCGUUUUUAAGUUUGGAAUAGAGUAGUUGCUUUGGAAGACAAUAAUCAGGCAUCUGAACAAUAUAACCAGUCCAAGAAGUUGAUGCUGAAGAAUUGCUUCGAUACUGGUGAUGCUUGCCUCUUCCAGUACACUGGUAUUAGUUCUCCUGUCUUUCCAAGUGAUAUGUAAAUUUUUUUGGAGACACCGUUGAUGAAAUCUUUCAAGGAGUUGGAGAUGGUGUUUAUAAGUAGCCCAUGUUUCACAAGCAUACAGUAAGGUUGGUAGUGCAAUAGCUUUGUAAACAAGCAUUUUUGUUUCACAAAGGGGUGCAUGGGUUGCCAGUUGUGAAAUGCAUUGGCAUUAUUUUCAGCUCUCUUAUCCCACUAGAUGCUCUACCACUGAGCUGUGGACCUUACACACACACACAGCACCCCUUACUUAUGUGAACAGGGGAAACAAAUGGGUUUGAUCUACAAAGUGCCGUCAGUUGCACAGGCAUACAUUAUAUCAGUAUUGGGGGGAGUAGCAAACUGUAUUUCAUGGACCUUCUGUCUUGUUCAGAUCUCAGGGCCAGAAGGACCCAAAGCAGCAACAGCAAAUGGAGGCCCUUCUCAACGCCACCAAGCCUGAAACCACAAAGGAUGCUGUUUAA